AUGGAAGAGUCUCAACCAGCGAAACGGCGAAAGCUUCUCCCGCGCCAACCCUCAACCAGCACCACACAAUCGGCCCCAUUCCCACAUGAAUUGCCUCAGCAACACCCGGUCCAAGAGACCCCUCCGGCCGAACGGCAUGACUUCGAGUCCUUCGCGAGGCAUCUGCAAGAUGCCGCCAUGUUGAUACAACGCCAGACGGAGCGCACCCCGUACGACAACGUCUCUGUUCUCCUUCUGCGUUGGGAAGAGGAUACCUCUGUCGAAGCUGAUCUCACAGCCAUGGAGAAUAUACUCCGAUCAACCUACAAUUUCCGGACCGACCGAUGGGCCAUUCCGACAGUGCCCAAUCCCAGCAUCAAGCUUGGUGUGCAGAUGGCUUCCUUCCUCGAGAAAGCCAGAGCUAACCACUUGCUGAUCAUCUACUACGCCGGCUACGGUUUCGUUGGAUCCGACAACCAACUUUACUGGGCUUGCAAUACCCGAGAUGACGCCGCAAAGCUCAAGUGGGAUGGCGUGCGCUGCUUAUUCGAAGAUGCUCAGUCCGAUAUUCUCUUGCUUCUCGACUCCUGCUCGGUUCGAGAUGUUCCUGUCUCUGGGAGCCACGGCGUCAAACAAGUCAUCGCGGCGUGCGGCCCUGAGCAGAACCCCCGUGAUGCCACGGGCAAAUCCUUCACCUACCACUUGAUCGAAGCGCUACACAAACUUAGCACAGCGGGUAGGCCUUUCAGCGUGCCAAGACUGCACGAGGAGGUUGUUCAGUUGAGGCAACAAGAAAGCGCCCAAGCGGUCAAGCUCACAAAUGGUGCCAGCAAAACUCCGCCACCAUCAGCCCAGCUUCCCAUAUGCUUCACUCUCACGCCCGGUAAGGGAAAGAUUCUGAGCUUGGGCCCAUUAUCUGCUUGGUCACUUCCACAGCAGUCACCACGCAACGGCGCUGAUGGGGACGCCCAAGCGAGGACAUCGCGAGAGGAUCAGCUUAUCGAUCCCGAAUCUGUUACUGACCUUCGGUUUGAUGAAGCGAGAGUCCUCGUUUGCACAACAUUCGUUGGGGAUGCCAGUCCAGACAUGUCGUUCUUUAAUAGCUGGCUCCACAACACACCGCCCUUGGCUGCUAAGAUUGAAGUCGAGGGCAUGUUUCUCGGCCCUCCAACCAUGCUCCUCAUAUCGAUGCCUCACUCGAUCUGGAAUGUUGUACAGCAUGAUAAGGUCUGUUGUUUCCUGGGAUACAUCACGUCGCAUAACAUGAUUCAAUUGUAUCAGAAGCUCAAGGGCUCCACGGGUAUCCCCAAAGUCACGGCAAAGGAGGUUGAGGACGGGCGAAUCUUGUUGGAGGCGCGGGAGCUAGCAGCAAGCACGCCGGCUUUGCAUCGACGCUCAAUAGACAGCAAAGACGCCUCGUACCUUGAGGCGGCCAGCCGUGUAGAUACCAAUCCUUCCGGCGUAUCAUUCGCCGCCGCCGCUGCAGCGGUGGAUGGCAAAGAUGAUGUUGAAGAUUCGGCCGAGAUGCAGGAAGCGGCGGAACAGCUAAAGGCACUAAGCCAUGUGCGCCAUCUGAGCGACGAGGCCCCACCAGCCGUAGAACGACAACGCACAAUCCUCCCAGAUGGUGCAAUGCCCGUCAAUAACGAAGACACAGGUUCGUCUCAUGAAGCGAAUGAAUCAGGUGCAGACGACACCAUGCAUUCCGCCGACCUGAGUACCCCCAACGUCAAAACCAAACAGCGACGGUCCCUACAAAAGGCGACUCCCAAGCAAGAGACUAGAUGUACGUUAUGUAGUCAUGCUCCCUUCAAGGACUCUUCAUCGUUGCGCAAACAUAUCGCAGCUGCACACACCAGGCCAUUCCCUUGCGCCUUUUCGUUCGCGGGGUGCACCAGCACAUUUGGUUCAAAGAACGAGUGGAAGCGGCACAUUGCCUCUCAACACCUCUGCCUACAGUAUUACCGAUGCUCGUCUUGCCCGCAGAGUACUGUAGAAGGCAAGGGGAACGAGUUCAACCGGAAAGAUCUCUUCACCCAGCACCUGCGGCGCAUGCACGCACCAUUCGCCAUCAAGAAGGCCAUUGCUAAGGGUGACAGCAAAUUGCAAGUGGAAUGGGAGGGCCACGUCAAGGAGAUGCAGACAACAUGUCUUGUCACGCGCCGGUCACCGCCUCAAAAAUCGGCUUGCCCAAAGCCGGAUUGCCAGAGCGUGUUUGAGGGUCCCGGCUCCUGGGACGAGUGGACGGAGCACGUUGGAAGGCAUAUGGAGAAAGGUGAGGGCCAGCGACUUGGGGUCGAUCGACUGUUGGCCAAGUGGGCUCUUGACGAAGGUAUCAUCGAGCGAAAGGAAGAUGGCGAAUAUCGUCUCUGUGCCGGCAAUGGCCCUGGCACUGGCCUUACCGGCGGCGGUUCGGUCGGCGGAGAAGCAAAAGAAUCAAUAUCCGUGCUUUACCCAGAGCCAAAGCAGGAAAUCGAGGCGGAAAUCGAGGCAGAGGUUGAGACAGAAAUCGAAGCAAGCAACACCAACGACAAGAUGGAAGUAGACGGUUAG